AAAACAAAAAAAAGAGUAAAAUUUAGACACAUCUCCUUGCUAAUUGGUAUUCUUGCUAAUUGCUACUGUCAUUUGGGCAGAGUUGAUUUCGGAUUCUCUCUCCUUGCUAAAACACUUAAGCUUGGUUAUCCCCUUGAUUCUGUCAUUUUUAAUACCUUAAUUAAUGGCUAUAUUCACUCUGAUAAGCUCCCCCAAGCUGCUCAUUUGUUGAAUCAAAUUGUCAAGCUUGGUUUACAACCCAACUUAAUUAUGUAUAGUACUAUUGUCAAAGGACUUUGUAGGAUUGGCGACAAUACGUCUGCUCUCACUUUGCUUAACAAAAUGCAAUCUCGAUCUCAUUUUAAGCCUAACAUUGUUUUAUACAACACUAUUAUCGAUAGUCUUUGUAAGGACAGGUUGUUACAUCAGGCCCUAGACCUGUUCUCCUCUAUGAAAACCGAGGGCAUUAAACCCGAUGUUGUCACUUAUAAUUCCUUGAUUCGAGGCCUCUACAAUUCCGGCUGUGGGGAUGAGGCUCAGCGUAUGUUGACUGAGAUGUUAGAGAGCAACAUUGCACCUAAUGUUCAAACCUACAACAUGCUGGUUGACAUGUUUUGUAAAGAUGGUUGUGUUGAUCAAGCUCAGUCCAUUCUAAAGCACAUGAUUGAGAAAGGUGUGACUCCUGACAUCAUUACUUAUACUGCCUUACUGGAUGGAUAUUGUUUGCGUGGUCAGAUGGAAGAUGCAGAGAACCUACUCGUUCUCAUGGCCGAAAAUGGUUGUGAGCCUGACCUUUUCAGUUUCAACACUAUGAUUAAUGGAUAUUGCAAGGCUAAAAACAUUGACAAGGCCCUUAACAUUUUCCAAGAGAUAUUUCGGAAAGAUAUAACACCUAGUGUUGUUACCUAUAGCACUCUUAUUGAUGGACUGUGCAAAGCCAAUAGACUCCCACACGCGCAUAAUCUGUUCAAGGAAAUGCUAGCUGCCGGAGUUACUCCAAAUGUUGUCACCUAUGCCUCCUUGCUUGACAACCUUUGCAAAAGUGCGCAACUUGAUGAGGCAGUGAAAUUGCUUGAAGAAAUGGAGGAUAAUGGUGUUAAGCCAAAUGUUGUCAUCUACAAUAUCCUAAUAGACAACUUGUGUGAGUCUGGAAAACUUGAAGAUGCCGCAAAGUUCUUUUCAGAUCUUGUAACAAAAGGUCUGGAACCUAAUGUGAAAACAUACAAUAUACUGGUUAAAGGCUUCUGCAAGAAAGGGCUCACGAGUGAAGCUGCUCGAGUGUUGAGGAUAAUGGAGGAAGAUGGUUGCCCCCCUGAUGAUCGAACCUAUAAUACGAUAAUCAGAGGUUAUAUACUCAACAAUGACUUAUCAAAUGCAUUAUACUAUCGUGAUCUUAUGGUUGGCAAGGGAUUUGAAGCUGAUGCAGACACUUUGUCAUUGUUUGUUGGUCUAUUGCCUUCUGAUAACUCAUGUGACUCAAAGAAGGACCUGCUUCAGAAGUUUAUUAGCUGAAUUUUAGUUAAAAUGCAUGUGAAGAUUUUGGACCUUCAAUAUGUUUCUGCUGAGAAAGUUGAGGUGGAGUAGGAUGCUCCUAGACAAUCUAUGAAUAACAGACCGUUGUUAGCUCCAUUUGGCAUGUUUCUUGUGAGCUUUGGUGCAGAGAUCACCAAAGAACAAUGGUAUCUUGUUUGUAUCCAGAUGCUUUACAACUUGGUUUGGUAAGAAUUUCUGAACUUUAAUAUAUAUUAUGGUCCUUUUGUUUAUUGUUAACAAUGUAAUGCCCUGUGAGUUCGCAUUGGAUUUUUUAGCUUGUAAGAAAAAAGUGCAUAUGAAAAAAAAAAAUGUAAAUGUGAUAGAAUGUAGUGAACCUUAUUCUUUUUAGUGAAAUGAAUUAAGUAAAAAAUGAAUAAAAGAGAAUUAUUGCCAAUUGUGGAUAUGGGCAAACUAAAGUUGAAUACGGAGUAUGUUGUUUGAUGAUUUUGCUUGUUUUGAAUGAAGGAUUGAAGGGUGAA